UUCACACAUUUCCGCUCCAAAAACACGCACUCACACAGUCCAAUUAGUUCAAAUUUCUCUAUUUUGUGAAUUUUGAUUCCGUCAAUGGACGCAGCUGCAAGUGUACAGCUGGUCUACUGCGGAAUCAACCCACUGAGACGCACCACACGGCGGCAAAAUACUCUCUCAUCUAAUUUUCAUGACCGUCCAGCUGAUCGUAACGGAUUUUUCCGGAGAAUUAAUGAGAGGAAUGGCGUGGUACGGGCUAUUGCCACGGAGCCAAGACCGGCUGAUACUAAACAGGCAAAUAAUUCUUCUUCUUCGCAGCCGAAAGUUGUUAAUGGAUAUGGAUCCUCCUCUGCAACGACGUCGUCUAAAAAAGUCAAUGGUGUUUCCACAAGAAUGCAGGAUGUUUCACAGGAGAUCAAAAGAGUGAGGGCACAAAUGGAAGAAAAUGAGCAGUUGGCAGUGCUCAUGAGUGGGCUUCGAGGUCAAAAUUUGAAGGAUUCGUUGUUUGCUGAUGAUAAUAUCAAGCUCAGACUAGUUGAGGUUGAUGAAAGCAGUGAGUUUUUACCAUUGGUUUAUGAUCCUGCUAGUAUUGCUGCAUAUUGGGGAAAACGACCACGUGCUGUAGCUACACGUAUGGUGCAGUUGUUGUCUGUUGCUGGAGGUUUUCUUUCACGUAUUGCUUGGGAUAUAAUAAACAAAAAAGUCAAAGAGAAUGAAGUUGCUCGAGCUAUUGAAUUACGAGAGAUUGUAACCUCUCUGGGACCAGCAUACAUAAAGCUUGGGCAGGCAUUGAGCAUUCGACCAGAUAUAUUAUCUCCAGCUGCAAUGAUUGAGCUGCAAAAGCUUUGUGAUAAGGUUCCAUCGUUUCCUGAUGACGUUGCAAUGGCUCUGUUAGAGGAGGAGCUUGGACAGCCGUGGUAUAACAUAUAUUCUGAACUUUCUUCAUCCCCAAUUGCGGCUGCAUCUCUCGGGCAGGUUUAUAAGGGCCGACUAAAGGAGAAUGGGGAUUUGGUUGCUGUGAAAGUACAAAGGCCUUUCGUUCUUGAAACUGUAACUGUUGAUUUGUACAUCAUUAGAAACUUGGGGUUGGUUCUUCGGAAGUUUCCUCAGAUAUCUGUUGAUGUGGUUGGAUUAGUUGAUGAAUGGGCUGCACGUUUUUUUGAAGAACUUGAUUACGUUACUGAAGGAGAAAAUGGAACUACUUUUGCUGAGAUGAUGAAGAAGGAUCUACCGCAGGUGGUUGUUCCAAAAACUUAUCAGAACUAUACAUCAAGGAAGGUUCUUACAACGCAAUGGAUUGAAGGAGAGAAGCUGUCACAGAGUACAGCAAGUGAUGUUGGGGAACUGGUAAAUGUGGGGGUGAUAUGUUACCUUAAGCAGUUGCUUGAUACUGGUUUCUUCCAUGCUGAUCCACAUCCUGGGAAUCUGAUUCGUACUCCAGAUGGGAAACUAGCGAUACUUGACUUUGGCUUAGUAACAAAGCUAAAGGAUGAUCAGAAAUAUGGUAUGAUUGAAGCUAUUGCUCACCUUAUUCAUCGAGAUUAUGAUGCUAUUGUCAAAGACUUCGUCAAACUUGAUUUCAUUCCGGAAGGAGUUAAUUUGGAACCGAUAUUGCCUGUACUGGCCAAAGUUUUUGAUCAAGCAUUGGAGGGUGGGGGAGCCAAAAACAUUAACUUUCAGGAGCUGGCAUCAGAUUUGGCACAAAUUACAUUUGAUUAUCCAUUUAGAAUACCUCCUUAUUUUGCUCUUAUUAUUCGAGCAAUAGGGGUGUUGGAAGGCAUAGCUCUAGUGGGAAAUCGUGAUUUUGCUAUUGUAGAUGAAGCCUACCCAUACAUAGCGCAGAGACUCCUGACUGAUGAAUCCCCACGCCUAAGGAAUGCUUUACGAUAUACAAUCUAUGGAAAGUCUGGUGUCUUUGAUGCUGACCGGUUCAUUGAUGUCAUGCAAGCCUUUGAGAAUUUCAUUACUGCUGCUAAGAGUGGAGGAGGAGAGAAUCUGAGUGGCAGAAUGGCAGAACUUGGUGUCUUACAAAAUCAAUCCAGUUAUAUGCUUCCUGGAUUUCCUACAAGUAGUCCUCAAUCUGUGCAGCCAAUUCAGACAAGAGCUGCCUUAGCAUUUUUAUUGUCUGACAAGGGGAACUUUUUCCGAGAAUUUCUCUUGGACGAGAUUGUGAAGGGAAUUGAUGCAGUAACUAGGGAACAGUUGGUGCAGAUAAUGGCAUUGCUAGGGAUUGGAAAUGUGGCUCCUAUGUUUAGCAUGGUUCCUGCCCUGGGGCCUUUUAGGCCUGCUGCACUUCUACCAUCAAUAACUGAAGAGGACAAAGUCAUAUUAAACAAUGUUGAAAAAAUUAUUGAAUUCUUAACUGCUGGAAGCAUAACUUCAUCAAAUCAGGGUGUCAAUAUUCCUAGAGUUAUCCAAGAGCUGCUUCCUGUUUUGCCGGGCCUCUCAGCCAAAGUGCUUCCUGAGGUUCUCAGUAGGUUAUCUUCACGGGUUAUGGCUCGACUAAUCCGAGAUGCACUGCUGUAAUUAUGAUUUUGUAGCUUACCAUUCAAACGCUUUUGAAAAUGUUCAAAUGUUAAUUUAUAGGAUAUAGUAUUAAAAGAAAAUAUCACAGCGCUGAUUACUGAGUUUCACUUUUUGUAUAUACUGCGGACAAUAGAAAUGGCUACAUACAAUAGAGAUGGAAUCCGAACCAACACGUGUAAUCUUCUACAGUUGCGGACCAGUGCCCUUGCCCAUGCAACCUGCCAAGCGAUUGGAUGACAAGGCAAAACGAGCUUAUUUGAUUGUCUUUUGUCAACUUGAGCACGAUUUUUUCGUCUUUUUUGCGAGUCUUGUCUGUGAAGUUCGUUUUAUGACAAAGCAAUAAACACCAUUUAUUUGCAACUU